AUGGCAGGCACUUCAAACGAUGAUCUUUCAGGCUAUCUGAGUGGCGACGUGAUCAAGGUCUAUGUUGGGCCAAAAAGAAAACGCUACAGCGUCCACAAAGCCCUUCUGACCCAGUAUGAAUGGUUCCGCAACAAAAUCCUCUAUUCUGACGACAGCCUUAUCUCCCUAGAUUCCAUCGAUCUUCUCGCCGAGGACCCCAAAGUUUUCGAGCUUCUGAUCGGCUGGCUCUACCGCAAUAAUCUGAAUGCGAUCUCUACCACCGACGAGGAGGUCGCUAAGGAAGAGGUGGCACUUAGCGUCGACCUGUACCUCCGAGCAUGCGAAUGGGACAUGCCGGAACUGCAAAACGCGCUCAUAGACCGGAUGAGAAUUCGAACAACUUGUGAAUAUGGAUUUUUCCCACGAAAGCUCAUAAAGACAAUCUACAAGAGCACAGAACCCCUAUCACCUCUGCGUUCUUACAUUGUCGACAGCUUCAUCUACAAGGGCAUUCAAUGGGAUGAAGAUGCAGAGAUUGAAGGCCCGAUCGAUGAAAAUUUCUUCCUGACCCGCAAGAGUGCGCUCAGAUUCCAACUGGACGCCGGGAAUCAGGAAUUCGUGCUCGAUUGCUACGAAGCAUUGUUUCAGCUCUGCGCGAAGUCUAAGAUUCGAGAUCCGGAUCGCAGGACCGGCUGCGUCUAUCACGCGCACAAGGGGGGGAAGAAGUGCCGGAGAUGA